AUGGACCCUGCGCAGCGUGCAGAUGGCAUCAACUUGGCCAGCAAAGGACAGCGCGUGGAAGGUGUGGACGUCCCCAUCCGUGUCCCUAACCGUGAUGACGAGUCUCGUGCACGUAUGAUCGCACGACUUCAAUACCAAUGCCGCAAGCGUGGCACACUGGAAACGGAUUUGAUUCUCAGCACCUUUGCCCUGGAAGAACUACCGUCGCUCCCCAUGGAUGAGCUGCGGGAAUUGGAUGCAUUGCUGGAUGAGCCAGACUGGGAUAUUUUCUAUUGGUGCACAGACCGGAAGCCUGUGCCGGAACCUUGGGCGGAAUCGUUUGCGACACAGGGGCGCUUGGGUCACCGACUUCGAAUGCACACGCGCAACGAUCAGCGCACAGUACGCCGUCUUCCUCCAUUGCAUCGUGAUAUCCAGACUGACUAG